UAUCAACCUCGAGCAGAGCAGUGCAUUGACAGCACUUGUGCCUGCACGCAACCGCUCAAGAAGAGACGCUUCAAGUAUAGCCUCCGCGCAUAUAGCCACAGUGGAAGUGGCUUCAAAACAAAGCACAGUCGCCCAGUCCCAGACCCGAAACCAUGAGCACGACGGCAUGAGCAGCACCCCCCAGCAAGAUGGCGCGGACCAUCCCAGCACCGUCGCGCCCUCCGCCAGCCACACCACCCUCGACUCGAUCAGCCAGACGCUGUAUAUCGUCGUGAACCGCGGCGACCCGAUCGACUCGUACUCGAUGCGGCACACGUCUUUCUGGGUCAAGUUUUCCGACGGGCGCAACCUGCUGAGCCAUGUGUGCGGCGCGGCCAGCUUCUUUGAGUUCGAGGAGCGCUGGAAUGAGGCGCAUCCGCAGGAGGGGAAGAAUUUUGAGCGCAUUAUUUUUGUCAUGACGAUGCGCACUACGGUGGAUGAUAUGACGAUCCGGAAUACGCUGCGCCAGACUCCGGUCAAUAAUAAGGAGCGCUCGUGGAAUUGUCAGACUUGGAUAGGCGAUGGGCUGAAGAGGUUGCAGGAUGCGAAGUUGCUGCAAGAGGCGAAUACCAUUAAUGCUGCGGACCAGAUGGUUGAUGUGUUGCUGGAGGCUCCAGAUGAGGAAUGAAGUCUUGCUACGGGAGGCUUAUGGGGGUGGGUUAAACGGUGGUAUCUACUGGCGGCGGAGAAACAAAGCCGAUGGGGCAGUCUUUGAUAUGCUCAGUCUCGUGGCACUUUGGAAGAUGACCUCUACGCAGUUAUACUAGGUGACGUGGUGGUCCCCCAAGAACGACUUGACAACUCUCAGUGUCCAGGAUACCAGCUCAGGAUGCCGACGGCGCGGCGCGAAAUCAGAGUGAGUGAAAAUCAUCUCAUGAUCGUUGAUCAAAGAGCUGAGAGCGACAUCAGAAACGGGGAACUGGUUGAACUGAUAUUCGCUGUCAAGCGGGCUGGAAGCGAAAGUUGACUAUAAAUUAAAAAGUCACGCCGACAUGAAAAAUUGAUACCAUUUGUGAAUAAUACAUUGUCUUAUAUAUGUUGGUGAU